AGUUGGCGAGGUGGGUCCUUCCUGGGGCUGGGCGGGGAGAAAGAUGAGAACGCUAUUGGCACAAGUGCUACUGAAAUGCAAAUUCCUGUAGAUCUGGAAAAGGUCUGGCCCUGGGCUUGAUGCUUGGGUCUGGAACUGUGUAUCGUCACUGUACCUUCACCUCACUCUAACCCUCAAGGAAGUGCUCAAGUCACUCAAGAGGACUGGCCAAUCAUAGUCUUAACUGGACCUGCCAAUCAGAAGAGAAGGCGGGCUUUUCCGGGUGCCUUGGUGUAGUAUUCGCGCAGUAGCUAAGCCUUCUUAAAUGGUCCUGGCUGCUGUGCUCUGUGUCCUGUGUUUGGAUUCUGUGAGGCAUGUUUAGGCAAGCUCCGAAGUUGCGACAUGGAUGCAUUGACCUAUGAUGAUGUACAUGUGAACUUCACUCGAGAAGAAUGGGCUUUGCUGGAUCCUUCACAGAAGAGUCUCUACAAAGAUGUGAUGCAGGAGACCUACAGGAAUCUCACUGCUAUAGGUUACAAUUGGGAAGACCAUACUAUUGAAGAACAUUGUCAAAAUUUCAGAAGACAUGGAAGACAUGAAAGAUGUCAUCCUGGAGAGAAACCCUCUGAAAAUACUCAGUGUGGUAAAGCCUUUGCACAACAGAGUCAUCUCCAAAGACAUAAAAGCACACAUACUGGAGAGAAACUCUAUGAAUGUAAGCCACGUGAUAAAGCCUUUACAAACGAUUCUCAGCUUCAAACUCUUGAAAGAAUUCAUGCUGGAGAAAAACCCUACAAAUGCAAUCAAUGUGGUAAAGCCUUUGCACGACUCAGUCAUCUCAAAACGCAUGGAAUAACACACACUGGAGAGAAACCUUACGAAUGUGAUCAAUGUGGUAAAGCCUUUGCAUCUCAUAGUUAUCUCCAAGUACAUAAAAGAAUACAUACUGGAGAGGAGCACUAUGAAUGUGAUCAAUGUGGUAAAGCCUUUGCAUCUCAUAGUUAUCUCCAAGUUCAUAAAAGAAUACAUACUGGAGAGAAGCCCUGUGUAUGUGAUCGGUGUGGUAAAGCCUUUGCAUAUCAUAGUUAUCUCCAAGUACAUAAAAGAAUACAUACUGGAGAGAAGCCGUAUGUAUGUGAUCAAUGUGGUAAAGCCUUUGCAUCUCAUAGUUAUCUCCAAGUACAUAAAAGAAUACAUACUGGAGAGAAGCCCUAUGUAUGUGAUCAAUGUGGUAAAGCCUUUGCACUACUCAGUCAUCUCAAAACGCAUGGAAUAACACAUACUGGAGAGAAACCUUAUGAAUGUGAUCAAUGUGGUAAAGCCUUUACAUCUCAUAGUUAUCUCCAAGUACAUAAAAGAAUACAUACUGGAGAGAAGCUCUAUGAAUGUGAUCAAUGUGGUAAAGCCUUUGCAUCUCAUAGUUAUCUCCAAGUACAUAAAAGAAUACAUACUGGAGAGAAGCUCUAUGAAUGUGAUCAAUGUGGUAAAGCCUUUACAUCUCAUAGUUAUCUCCAAGUACAUAAAAGAAUACAUACUGGAGAGAAGCUCAAUGAAUGUGAUCAAUGUGGUAAAGCCUUUGCAUCUCAUAGUUAUCUCCAAGUACAUAAAAGAAUACAUACUGGCGAGAAGCCCUAUGUAUGUGAUCAAUGUGGUAAAGCCUUUGUAGAUCAGAAUCUCCUUAAAAGACAUGAAAGAAUUCAUACUGGAGAGAAACCGUACGAAUGUAAUGAAUGUGGUAAAGCCUUUGCAGGUUACCGUAAUUUUCGAAUGCAUAAAAUGAUGCAUGCUGGAGAAAGACCCUACAAAUGUAAUCAAUGUGGUAAAGCCUUUGCACAACACAGUCAUCUCAAAAGCCAUGGAAUAACACAUACUGGAGAGAAACCUUACAAGUGUGAUCAAUGUGGUAAAGCCUUUACAUCUCAUAGUUAUCUCCAAGUACAUAAAAGAAUACAUACUGGAGAGAAGCUCUAUGAAUGUGAUCAAUGUGGUAAAGCCUUUGCAUCUCAUAGUUAUCUCCAAGUACAUAAAAGAAUACAUACUGGAGAAAAGCUCAAUGAAUGUGAUCAAUGUGGUAAAGCCUUUACAUCUCAUAGUUAUCUCCAAGUACAUAAAAGAAUACAUACUGGAGAGAAGCUCUAUGAAUGUGAUCAAUGUGGUAAAGCCUUUGCAUCUCAUAGUUAUCUCCAAGUACAUAAAAGAAUACAUACUGGAGAGAAGCCCUGUGAAUGUAAUCGAUGUGGUAAAGCCUUUGUAUGUCAGAAUCUCCUUAAAAGACAUGAAAGAAUUCAUACUGGAGAGAAACCUUAUGAAUGUAAUGAAUGUGGUAAAGCCUUUGCACGUUACCAUAAUUUUCGAAUGCAUAAAAUGAUGCAUGCUGGAGAAAAACCCUACAAGUGUAAUCAAUGUGGUAAAGCCUUUGCACAACACAGUCAUCUCAAAAGGCAUGGAAUAACACAUACUGGAGAGAAACCAUACAAGUGUGAUCAAUGUGGUAAAGCCUUUACAUCUCAUAGUUAUCUCCAAGUACAUAAAAGAAUACAUACUGGAGAGAAACCUUACAAAUGUAAUGAAUGUGGUAAGGCCUUUGUAGGUCAGAAUGAUCUCAAAAAACAUAAAAGAACACAUACUGGAGAGAAACCUUACAAAUGUAAUGAAUGUGGUAAGGCCUUUGUAGGUCAGAAUGUUCUUAAAAAUCAUAAAAGAACACAUACUGGAGAGAAACCUUACAAAUGUAAUUAAUGUGGUAAAGCCUUUUCACAAUCAAGCCAACUCCAACUACAUAAAAGAACACAUACAUACUAAAGAGUAACCCUAUGAAUGUAAGCAAUGUAGUAAAGCCUUUACUGUGAUCUUCAAAGGUAUGGUGGUUAAAAUAUACUUGGCCCAUGGCAAGUGGCAGUGUUAGGAGGUAUGGCCUUUUUGGAGUAGAUGUGGCCUUUGAGGAAGUAUGUCACUGUGGAGGGGGGAUGGGCUUUGAGACCCCAUGCUUAAACUCUACCCAGGGCAGAAGAGUCUUCUGGCUGCCUUCUGAUCAAGAUGUAGAACUCUCUCCUCCAGCACCAUGUCUGCUCGGACACUGACAUUCCUUCCACCUUGAUAAUAGACUGAACCUCUGAAUCUGUAUACCUCCCCUCCCCCCAAUUAAAUGUCCUUUCUAAGAGUUGCCUUGGUCAUGGUAUCUUUUCACAGCAUUAAAACCCAAAUUAAGACAAACAGCAUAAAAUAUACCACACUAGAGAAAAACUGUGAAUGUACUAAAUAUGGUCAAGCCUUUGCACAUUUGUAUAACUCUCACUAUAACAAAAGUAUUCAUACUUCCAUUCACUGAAACCCUGGGCUCUGUGGUAAAGUCUGUGUCUUGAAAUCUGCAUAAAUACCUAACAAUUCAAAAACAGGGUCAAAGUAAAUGCCAGGAGUCUAUUGGAAA